UGGUCAUGUUUUCACAUGGUGCAUCUCUGAGGGGAGCCAGUAUCAGAUAGGAUUGGUUUCCAACCAUCUAAGAGGCAAGCUGCACAGACUAGUGGCUAUUGGAGAACAGGGCAGUGGAAGGCAAGGAAACUAGUUCAGGUGCGUCCCUUUUCAUUUACUAGGAAAUGAAGGGACUGACGGCUAUUUGUCUGGUUUUAGAGUGGUGAAAGAGAUUCUGUUUCCAGGAAACCCAGAUCCUUGUGACAGUUAUGACACGCAGGGGUGGGUUUGAUAUUGGAAUGAAUGAAGUGGUGGAUUUGAUAUUGGAAUGAAUGAAGUGGUGGAUUUGAUAUUGGAAUGAAUGAAGUGGUGGGUUUGACAUUGGAAUGAAUGAAGUGGUGGAUUUGAUAUUGGAAUGAAUGAAGUGGUGGGUUUGACAUUGGAAUGAAUGAAGUGGUGGGUUUGAUAUUGGAAUGAAUGAAGUGGUGGAUUUGAUAUUGGAAUGAAUGAAGUGGUGGGUUUGAUAUUGGAAUGAAUGAAGUGGUGGGUUUGAUAUUGGAAUUUAUUUUUUUAUUUUUUUAUUUUUAUUUUACCUUUAUUUUACCAGGUAAGUUGACUGAGAACACGUUCUCAUUUACAGCAACGACCUGGGGAAUAGUUACAGGGGAGAGGAGGGGGAUGAAUGAGCCAAUUGUAAACUGAAUGAAUGAAUGAAGUGGUGCGGAGUGAUGCACCCUGGACCGUCACUGGCUUUAGCAAUCAUCGCAUGUUUCCUCCAGAGAUACUUCUGUGAAAGUCGCCGGGACAAGGAAGAAGGUUUGAAGCCAGGCUCAGAGACGUACGGCUACAAAGCUUUCUCUGGGGAGGCGUUUGUCAUGCAAUGUACCAAACCACAGUCCGCCGGUCUCUGUGAGCGCCUCUACAACAUCACGGCCAGCUCUGAGGAAGCUGAUUGGUCGAGGGCAGAGGGUGAAACCAACAGAGACAGAGAUGACGGGGCCGUGACAGGACGGGGGAACGCGCUCUGGUUCUCUACCGUUACUGCAAAGGACUCUGGGAAGUACACAUGCCACACAGGGGGUAUGGUGAUCCACUUCUAUGUGGAGGUGAUGGAGAGGGCCAGCCUGGGGUCCAGGGACACAGAGGAGAACAGGGUCACUCUGGUUCUGGGCAAAGGUGGCAGGAUCCCAUGCCCUGGCAUCAAAUGUCAGACACAGAGGUCAAAGGUCACAUGGUACAAGGAUGCCAGGCCUGUGUGUGAGAUACAGGAUGAGAGGACCAUCUCUGUGGUAGACAGGUGUACUCUUCUGCUGGGUACUGUCUAUGUGAGUGAUGCUACACUGUAUUUCUGUGACUACACCUAUGAAGAAAAUGGGAUCCCCUGGACAGUCAGGAGAUCUGUUAACGUCUCGGUCAUACCAGCUGACACCAAAGACCCUCCACAGAUGACGUAUCCCCAUGGCAACGAGGAGGGCGUGGAGCUGGGGGAGCCUCAUAAUCUGAGCUGUCAGGUGCAGUUUGGGUUCCAGAGGACCUUUGACCCAGUGGUCCAGUGGUGGAUCAGUUCCCAUAGCAACCAUGAAGACAUGAUGAAACUGAUGGAGAUGGAAGCACAGCAGGUGAGAGAAAGGAGUAUUGAAGAGUUUGAGUUCACGGUCACCAGAACAGCUCAAAUCCUGGAGGUGACCCAGCUACACCUGGACUCCACCUUCACCUGUCUGGCCCAGAACUCCGUCGGCAACAGCAGCGCCACCAUCAGGCUGACAAGGAAAUCUGCAGUUUCCCGUGUCCUGGUGAUAGUGUGUCCGGUGAUGUCUCUGCUGUUUGUAGCUGGGCUGGGCAUUACAGUGCACGUCUACUGGCUGGAGAUCUCUAUCCUCUACAGAAUCUACCUGCCGUACAAACAGACCACCACAGAUGACAAGGAAUAUGAUGCCUUUGUGUCCUACGUGCCCAGCUCUUCCUCUGAGGAGGCGGGGAGACGAGGAAGAGGAGGAAGAGAGGAGGCGCUGGAGGUGCUCCUGCCCAGGGUUCUGGAGGGGCAGUGGGGCUACCGCCUCUUUCUGCUGGAGAGAGACCUGCUGCCGGGCGGAGCGUAUGCAGAGGAUGUGGUGUGUGCGAUCCGCAGCAGCAGGCGACUGGUGUGUGUCCUGAGUCCUGACUACCUGGCCAGUACCUGUCUGUUUGAACUGGAGACAGGCAUCAGAGCCUUACAACAAGACCCACACCUCAGGCUCAUCCUCAUCUGGACCAGCCCCAGCACCAGCAGCCCCAACCCCAGUCCUAGCCCCAACCCCAGUCCUAGCCCCAGCACCACUAGCCCAACCAGAAGCAGGCCUCUAUCUCUACCCCUGUCUCACACCCUGGGCCUGGUGGCUCCAGCCUCACCGCUGCCCUCACUGGUUCGGAGGGCCAUCAGAGUUCUGCCUGCUCUGCACUGGACCCCCCAGAACCAGAGAAGGAUGAUAACUAGCUCCAACUCUGGAUCACGGUUCUGGAGAUCCCUCCACAAGGCCAUGCCAGCCCAGAGUGGGACUGGGACAGACACAUGGACACUCUUAGACAGACACACAGACACCCAGGACAGAGGGACUGUUUUGUAGCUGUUAGAAGUUCUAAAUGCCUGGGCUGGGUUUCCCAAAAGCUUGAAACUAAAUGGACAAAAUAUUAUCUCAGUGCUACUAUACUUUUGGGAA